CCUUCAAGAAGUUGUGUAACUAGUAAAACCGCCGUGGGUAGAGCAUGGGAAAGUAUGAAACGGCGUGUACGACCGAGUUUCCGGGAACACUUGGAGUUCAUUUUCAGUUCGUGUUCCCUGAACGACGAGCUGCUUGACGCCGCUCCAGAAAGAAAGUUGAUGUACGCGUUUCCUUUUUGUCAGCUGACCUGAAUGACCUCAGUGUGGCAACCUAAUUAUGAACGCCUCUUCUCAGUCUGAUGCGGUCCAGUUGUGCACCCCUGCGAACUACAACGGCAGCACUGAAGCAGCUCUCCUGUUGGAUGAGCUUCGAUUGUGCAGGUGCCAAAUGAAGUGGCCUGCGACUGAUGUCAUCCCGCUUUAUGCACGAUGCGCCUUUAGUAUUGCCGUCACGCUUCCAGGCCUGUUUUGCUGUUAAGUGAGAAACGUCAGGAAUGAGUGGCGCAAUGUCACUAUUCCCGCGUGACCCCGCUUGAGUGGACGCGCAAUACAGCGGGCCGGCCCGCUGAGCGGUUUCCUGCGAGGCUCUGAGUGGAGCAUGAAUGCGCGUUAAUGGUGGCAAAGCAGCGGCUCCCCUCUGCGACAAUUGAGGCACAUACAUCCGCGGAUAGCAAUCCCAAUGAAGAACAAGCGAUGCGACGCCACCAUUUAAAGGGAUGAUCUGCUGUUAGUGGACAACGAGGCUCACCUGAAGUUCGUACUCCCCGCCCGAACAACGUCAUUGUUGUGUUCCUGAAGCGCUGUCGGCAAGUGUCAGAAUGAGAUGUCGUCUCACAGCGGCUCCUUUGUGCAAAUCAAGAUCGAUGACAUCCACUUCUUCGAGAACUGUGGCGGCGGCAGCUUCGGAAGUGUCUACCGGGCCAGAUGGAUCUCCCAGGACAAAGAGGUGGCGGUGAAAAAGCUGCUCAAGAUUGAGAAUGAGGCUGAAAUCCUUAGCGUCCUCAGCCACCGUAACAUCAUCCAGUUUUAUGGCGCCGUCGUUGAGGCUCCUCACUAUGGAAUCAUCACUGAAUAUGCCAGUGGCGGCUCGCUGUAUGACUACCUUUCCUGUGACGAGAGUGAAGAAAUGGACAUGGGCCACAUUAUGACAUGGGCUACAGAAAUCGCCAGAGGAAUUCACUAUUUACACUCGGAGGCCCCAGUAAAGGUGAUCCACAGAGACCUGAAAUCAAGAAAUGUUGUUAUAACAUCAGAAAAAGUUCUCAAGAUUUGUGAUUUUGGGGCCUCCAAGUUUCUGACCCACACAACACAUAUGUCUUUGGUGGGCACCUUUCCAUGGAUGGCGCCAGAGGUCAUCCAGAGUCUGCCAGUGUCUGAGACCUGUGACACCUUCUCCUAUGCUGUGGUGCUUUGGGAAAUGCUGACGCGCGAGAUACCCUUCAAAGGCCUUGAAGGCUUACAGGUGGCUUGGCUUGUAGUGGAAAAAGAGGAGAGGUUAACUGUCCCCAGUGGCUGUCCUGCCAGCUUCGCAGAGCUGAUGAGGGACUGCUGGAUGACAGACCCAAAAACGAGGCCAACAUUCAAGCAGAUCCUCUCGACUUUGGAGGCCAUGGCGAACGACAGCCAACUCCCACAACAGUGCAACUCUUUCCUGCACAACAAGUCUGAAUGGAGGUAUGAGAUCGAAGCCACACUCGACAGGCUGAAGAAGCUCGAGAGAGACCUGAGUAGCAAAGAGCAGGAACUGAAGGAGAGAGAGCGACGUCUGAAGAUGUGGGAGCGCAAACUCAUCGAACAGUCUAACAGCCCGCUGCUGCCCACCCUCGACAUCUACACGUGGACCGAGGAGCAUGUGUAUUUCUGGAUGCAGCAAAUAUUUGGCGAAGAGGGGGGUGCGUAUGGCAUGCACCUGUAUGCUGAUCUGUUUCGAGACAAUCACAUUACUGGAAAAAGACUCCUAUUGCUGUCAGAGGACGACAUGCGGGACAUGGGCAUCAAGUCCAAAGGCCACGUCAUGCACCUGAAGUGUGAAAUUGAAAAGCUGACCAAUGAUUACCUUGGGCUGGUCCACUUUCCACCACUGCUUAAGGAGGAACUUGAAAAUGAGGUGGAGAGUAGUAAAAGUGUUCAUCUAGAGCUUGUAUUUGGGUACCACUGGAAGCCUGGCACUGGAAAAUCUGGUUGCAAUCAGGUGUUAUUGCUGAGUGCCCGAGGCUGCCUGCACUUUCUCACAAUGAGCUAUUUCCCCGUUAAGGACUGCAAGUGGAAAAUGUUCCUGGAACUCGACGGCGACGACGUGGCUUUAACGUACAUUAAGGAUGUCACCUUCAGCCCCAAUCGGCAGGAUGUGGAGCCCAUGCGGAUGACUAAGCUGCCGUUUGUGAUGGACAAAUGGAUUGUGGGAAUACAACCUAACCAGAAAGUGGACUACGUAGUCAGCUAUAAGAGUAAUGUAAGGUUACCAAAGUCAACAAGACACAGCUGUCCCAUGACGUGGUGUCAGACUGGUGGGCAGGAUGAGAUCAAAACAGUGGAGCUUGUCAUCGAAUCAACGCCAGCUCACUUUGACUUGAGCUCCAGGAGCAGGUCGAACUCUGAUAUCGAUCAAGCUUGGAUGCGCAGUGUGAGGCUGCGGCAGAUCGUCAGGCAGAAAACGCAGAAACCCACCGCCGCCAUCACCACCUUCACCAGCUCAGGAGCCUGCACUCUUACUCAUUUCCUAUCAGUGCACGAAAGCCAAGCGUCAUCUUACGCAGCGGCGGCACGGCGCUCGCCCGUUCGCGCUCAUGUCAAUCCCUGGAAUGACUCUCGCAGCUCCUCGCCGACCACCGGCCUGUCGACCAAACUGUCGACGCUGUAUUUGGGGUCAAAGGGCAGCAGCCCGUGCAGCACGACGUCAGAGAGCACGUCUGAGCGAGAGCGCCCUCUCAGCGCCGGUAUCGUGCACGAGUACAGAAGACAGGGCUUUUUCAGCAGCACGGCUGCCCAAGGGAGGGGCAAUGCGAGAGGGGGCCAAAGCGCCAAUAAAACUAACAAAAGCCCUCAACAGUCAGGGAUGCCGCGGUCCAACAGUUACAGUGCCACACCGCAGUACCGCCAACGCGUGAUAGCUGGCAUCGUGUCAACGCCAGAAAAUCCCAAUGAGGAAGGGGAGGAGACCAAAACCAGCAGCGACGGUGGCUGGAUCAAAGUCGAGCGCCACAAAAGAUUACCGCGACAGGACAAUAAACCGGUCAGACUUCGGUCGAGAAGAGGAGGGCGAGGAGGGCGGGGCGCUGGGGGAAGGACUUAAGGCAGCGGACACUGUACAUGAAUGCGUUUACCAUCUAAAUACUAUUUUCUUACAUGCUCCAAAAGGGAGUUUCACAGAUGCAUUUGAUUGAUUUCUUUUUACAAUUGUCUGCCGUAUAGGUAAUUCAAAUAAUAUAUUUAUUAAAGUUACAACAUGACUAUAAUCGGUUGCUGGUCUCUUUUUUUAGUCACUGUUUUACUAAUUAAAAUAAUCUCUGCGUGUAAGCACCUAACAAAUCUUCAAAACAUGAU